AUGCGCGCAUGCAGAGGCUCCCUCCUCCUCCUCCUCCUCCUCCUCCUUCCCUGUGAAGGGCUGAGGAGGCUCAAAGUCCAACUGAGCAGGCUGCUGUCAGAGGAAGAAGAUGAAAACUUCCAGUUCUGGCAGGAGCUACCGCAACACUAUGCUGAGGCGAUUGUUUUACUUUCGGCAAACAAUGACGCUAAAAGCGCAUAUCAUGUGAUGGAGAUCAUUCCGGAGUUGAUACAGACGUUCACCUCGCAGCAUAAUCAAGUGAAGUGCUACACUGCACUGCUGGUCGUGAAGCACAUCCGGCAUGAGCUCUCGAGGAACUUGCACCUUCACUUGAGGGACGCGAUAAGCUCAGGAUGGUCCGAGUUAGUUGAGGCACUUGUGCUGUUUGAGUUGGCUCGAACCAAGAUCACACUGUCAAGAGCAAGAGCAGCAAAGUACAUGAAGGACCUGCUCAACACAUGUUUGAAGCACAGCGCGUACAACCUUCGAGGUGACUGCCUGCUCGUGCUGUUGAAGCAUGGAGCAGACAUCCAUGCUGCCGACGACUGGGGAAACACUGCAUUGGACUUUGCGACGAAGAGGCAGGAGCAGCUGAUCAGAGAUGUCAAAGUAACUUUUGAUGAUGAUACCUGCGCCUUCGAGGACACGAUUCAGAUCCUUCGCAAGGCCAGCCUUGUGUCCAGUGACGUUCGCAGUGUCUGGGCAGGCGAUCUGAUGCGCCGCUUGAGAUUCCUGGGAUACGUGGAGAAGAAGCUGACGUGUGUUCUCGGAUCUCACAUUGCUGAGCGUCGCCCCUUCGUUUAUGGCAAGCAUUCGGCCUUGCGCUUCAGCGCUACCUUACCGAGAGGACUUGAGAUCGACGAGGCUACAGGAGCCAUCGGCGGAGCGCCUUCGGUGCUGUGCCUGGACGAGCGAGUGACGAUCACGGCUUACGACGACUCGUCUCGGUCGUGCCUGUCGACCCACCUGGAAGUGACGGCGGUUCACCCCUUGCCGGACAAGUUCGAUUACUAUCACCAUGGAUUCAUCCUCUGCUUGGAUGUCGACUUCGAUCUUCAUCCCAGGUUCAGUGUGGCUGGUUACGAGGAGGGCUGGGAGGAGGAGGGAGAGGAGGUCCGAGAGGUAGAGGGAGAAGAGACCUGGGACAGGAGGAUAGGGGAGAAGAUGAGGCACAAGAUCCCAUCAUGUCUGGGGCAGCUGCAGUUUACAGCUCAUCCUGAUCUCCCUGUUGGAGUCUCUCUCUGCUCGCAGUCGGGGCGUAUCUACGGAUGUAUGAGCGACGUCAGCGAGCCAGCAGAGUACAAGGUAGUAGCAAGAAACAGGGUCGGGCAGUUGGCGACUUGCUGGGUUGCCAUCGGCAGCCAGGAGCCGCUGCUGUCGCUGGAGUUCGUGCCGAGCCGCAAGCACUUGCUAGUAGGCGAGGAGGUCAACCUGCAAGCCCUCCUCAACACCAGAGUCUACAGACCCCCGACCUCUCGUCCUCCCGGUGAUCGUCCGUUACAGCUGAAGUUUGACGUGCAGCCGCCCCUGCCCGCUGGUCUCUUUCUGGACCCGGCGACUGGGGAGAUCAGCGGAGCUUGUCAAUCGGUCGUGAGCGAGCAGGAACAGGUGGUGACAGCAUCAUGGGAAUUUCUGCGAGGGAGGGAGGAGCUGGUGGUGGUGGAGAACGCUGACGAGCAGAGGGGAGGGGAGAAAACGAAGGUGAGGGUGCGAGAGGAGAAGGGGGGGAAGGGUUGGUUCAUCCACGAGAGCCUCAGAAUUGUCAGCGUCUCCUCUGCGCUCUCCCUCUCCAUCCUCCGCCCUCCCACUCACCUCGAGUACGGCAGCUCUUCCCUGUUCCUAUCCCCCUCUUCGGACUCCCCUGUCCACUCCCCGACGUUUGACGGCUCUCCUCCUCUCUCCUUCUCCAUCUUCCCCCUCGUUCGAGGGGUCUCGAUCGAUCACCAGACCGGAGUCAUCCGCGGCUCCCCCUUGGACGGCGAGCCCUUCAGCAACAGCAGGACGAGGAGCAGCCCGAAGAGAGUCCACGUCCUACUCAGCAACCCGGUCGGCAGCGUCAGCAGAGAGAUCAUCCUCCAUGUCAUUGACAAGCCCUUCCUCUCCUCCUACACGGAGCCAGAGGUCACCUGCGCCAUCGGCAUCCUACUCGACCUUCCCAUCAAGACUGCCAGGGGCCACAGGCUCAGAUUCUCCGUCUCUCCUCCUCUCCCUCCUGGAAUUCAGCUGGACAGCCGCACGGGGAGGGUGUUCGGAGCAGCGGAGGCUCCUUUGCGCAGGAGCUGCUUCCUUGUUCGGGCGGAGAACGAAGUCGGGGAGGCGUCGACAAGCUUCUACCUCACCGUCAUGGACCCGCCGCUUGCAAGGCAGAGGACGGGGAAGGGCCCCAACACGAGCAAGAAGGUCUCCAGCAAGAGAGCAGACGCUGCGAGUGGAAGGGCUGAGGCCAGGCAGGAAGGAGGCGGAGGGAGCAGGAGGAUAGGAGGCAACAGCAGCCUGCUCGCUCCUGCACCUGCUUCCACUAUCCCAUAUCUUCCUCCUCCUCAACAGCCUCUUCCCUCCCCUUCCUAUCAUCCUCAUGCCCCUCGUUCGCUCAGAUAUCGCAGGAUGAACAACCUUCUCUUCUGCAUGAACGAGCCCAUCGCUCCUCUCCUCCCCGUCCUCCGCCACGGCCUCCCUCCCUUCUACUUCUCCGUCGCUCCUCCUCUUCCCCCUGGCAUGCUUCUUGACCAGGAGCACGGGACGAUCUCCGGGACCCCUGAGCAAGCGAUUCCACUGAUGGUCUAUCAGGUCACGGCAAAGAACAGUUUCGGCACCUGCUCGGCCGAGCUGGAGCUGGAGGUGCAAGAAAAGCCCUCGCCUCCCUCCUACUCUUCCUGUUACCUCUCCUUCGGCCUCCAUCACUUCGCCGAGUACCCGCUGAUCGCUCCCUCCUCGGGGACGCAGCCAGUCGAGAUCCACGCGCUGAACGCGCUGCCCCCUGGGAUCAGGCUGGAGAAAGACGGCAGGAUAUGCGGGACGGCGAGCGUGCUGAUGGGGAGGAAAGAGGUUACGGUGGUUGCCUGCAACGCUGCAGGAACGAGCAAGACGAAGAUUGAGAUCGAGGUCGUGGAGCCCAUCACCGACUUCAGUUACAGGAAGGGGACGAGGACGGGGGAUAAGACGCUUUUCUCUUUCCUCUUCUCCUCCCCCUUCGACAGCGACACGCCCACGGUGGGAGGAGGGACGGUAGAGGAGUUCCUGCUGCUUGGGGAGCUGCCGGAGGGGAUCAGCCUCGACUCUCAGACAGGGAGGAUGACGGGGCAAGCGUCGUUCCCGUCGGAAGGAGGAGAGGUGACGGAGCGGGAGGUCAUCAUCGUAGCAAGGAACAAGAUCAGCGAGCAGCGGGUGCAUGCUCGCUACGUCCCCGUCAGCUUCCUCCUCAUCCGCGUCCUGGACCUCUUCACCGCUCGCCCCAUCCCCCGCGUCUCGCUCCGCCUUACCUGCCUGUCGGUACAAGACUCCUCCUCCUCUUCCGUCGAUCAGGGCAAGCAGGAGAAAGCUGCGGCUAGCGAGCUCGAAGACUCGGGCUGGCUGACCAGCAGCGCGCAAGGGCACUGCCGGCUGACAGCAAAAGCAGGACGACUGUACAAGUUGAAUGUGGAGAAGUCAGGCCUCCAAUUGGUGGCAAUCGAUCGAUCCGGAAGGAAAUUGAAAGCCAGAGAAUGUGGCGAGUACGAUGAUGUAAAGACGGAGGCAUCAGCAGAGAUGGUCACGGACAUGCAAGAAGUGCAAUUGAGCUAUCUGGUGCUGGAUCAUGUAGACACGGGAGUCUUUUGGAUUCAAGUUGAGGUUGUUGAGGUUGAGGUUGUUGUUGUUGUUGUUGUUGUUGUUGUUGUUGGCUGUGGUGUCGACAGGCGGAACGCGCAGGAGAACUGGUUGGUGGGGGUGAUCGACGGGGAGAACGGCAUGUUUGUCAAGUUUGCAGCAGAGGAUCACUUCGUCCUCGACGCGUUUGUCCUCAUGCUUCACAGCCAGUGGAAGAAAAGCCUUGAGAUCCUCCUCAGCAGCAAGCCCCUCUUCCUCGAUCACUUCCUCUACCUGGAGAAGGAGGAGACAAUCCAGCAGCUGAGGCUGAUCAUCGCGUCUGCCGACGAAGUGUACGCGCGAGCUAGGAAGGAGAUGGAGCGCAAGAUAAAGGACGCCCUCUCCCUCCUCGAGGAGGCCUCCUCCCUCUACGCGUCUGCGGGAGCUCUCUCGUCCUCCGGCACGGUCUUCUCCCAGUGCGGCAGGGAGUUCGAGGACAGGCUUCCCCUCGUCACGCAGUUCCAGCUCGACGCGUCCAGCACGAUCGCCGAGCUCCGCUCCUCCUGCCUUUCCUCCCUCUCCCUUGCCGCUGACAACUAUCGCGCCUACCAGCUCCAGGAGGUGCUCCCUGUGCUGGAGAAGGUGAGGAACGCGGUGGAGCGGCUGGAGGGGCUGGAGGAGGGGAAUGAAGUGAAGGAAAAGGAGGAAGAGCUUGUCCUGCUGUACGAGAGCGCGAUGGAUCGGGAGAAGCUUCAGAGGAUGCACCUGGACAAGGCUCAGCUCGCCCUUGCCAAGUCCAACGCAGUGGACGGGAGGACGGCAUGGAGGAAGGUGAAAAAGCUGGUGGAGGAGGAUGUCGCUGCGCUCGAUCUUCAAGUUCAGCACCCCCUCCUCCCAGAGCUGGAAGACCUCGAUGUUGUCAUCGUGCGGACGGCGGAGGAGCAGCGGGCGCGAGGGGAGGAGCUGCUGCAGGAAGCGGAGGAGCAGCUGAGAGGAGGAGAUCCCUUUACCUCUCGUGCCACCCUGACGGAGGCGACCGAGUUCUUCGGACGGGCAGGGCAUGACGACGGGGGAGCGAGCGAGCGGCUGAGGGUGGAGGUCAAGGAGGCGAUGAUGAACAUCAUGCAAGGGGAGAAGCUACUGUCGGGGGCGCAGGAGCUGUUCAACAGGAACAGGAUCAGGGAGAGCAGGGAGCGGUUAGUGGCCGCCGUCCUCAAGUUCAGGGAAGCUGGGGUGCACAGGGUCGAGAGCCCGAGCAACAAGCUGGUCGAGAUCGAGAAGCUGGAGCUGGGGAUCGAGACCGUGUCUGACAGGCUGCAGGAGGAGGCGAGCUCUCGUCUGGAGCAGGGGGUGCUCUUCCUGAUGAUGAGGAGGCUGCAGGAGGCGCAGCAAGCUCAUGACCAUGCUCGCGCGUCCCUGUCGAUCAUCUCAUCCUCUAAGAACUUCCCGCAGCUGGACUCCCUGCAGAGGGAGAUUGAGGAGGAGUUCAGGAGGGUGACGGAGAGCGUGCAAGCCCGGGUGUCCUCCUGCUACCUCCUCGCCACGGAGGGGAGGGCGCAGACGGCGUUGGAGCUCAUCAAGGAGGCGAGGUACCUCCUCCCGGCCCUGGCGCUCAGGCGGCAGGUGCUGGCGAAAAUGCAGCAGAUGGUUGGGGAGUGCGAGACCAACAUGCUCGACUGCGAGCAGAAGAUGAGGAGCAUAACGAUGAUGAUCGGACAGGCAGAGAGGGGGAUAGCGAGGAAGCAUUCCAUGCGGGAGAGCAUCGGAAGGAUCAUGGUUGUCUUCAAGGAGGCGUUCCCUGCCUUCCCCUGCGGGGAGCUCCCUUCCCCCCCCGAUCCUAUCCCCUUUCCCUGCACCUCCCAAGAGGACAAGCGCGAUCCCGUGGUCGAGCGCCGAGGAGAGGAGGAGGGGAGGAGUCAGAGCCCGAAGGGGGAGGAGGAGGAGAAGCUGGAAGCAGGACACCCAUCAGCGCUCCUCCUCUGGCAGGGCAUCGCCGCCACCAUGAACAUGGAGAUCCGCUUCCUCGCUGAGAGCUGCGCAGCAUGCGACGAGCUCCUCCUCACAGCCGAGCAGCGGCUGCAGCUCGGGGAGCUGGAGGAGAGCGAGCAGGUGCUGGAGGAAGCGGCCCGGCUGGUCCAGCAUGAGAGGAUGACGGAGAAGACGGCGGAGGAGAGGAGGAGAUACAUCUCAGGGCUGCGGGCGAAGCUGCUGACCUCGCGCUCUCUCUUGGCUACGGCAGAGCUCUGGCUCGCAGAGGGCAGGAGAGCGGCGAAGAACUUUGAGGUGGCGCGUGCCAGGAUGUACCUGUCCUCCUCCAUGUCGACCUUCGCCAAGAUCGGCUGCCUCGCACGGGCUGAGCAGGUCGAAGGGCUGCUCUCGAGCCUGGACGAGGUCGCGCUCAAGGGCGCGAGGGACGCAGAGGAGGAGGAGAGGCUUGCGGUCCUCUUCUGCAGGAGCAAGGACCUUCCCUCUGCCGCCCAUCAUAUCAAGCGUGCAAGGAGCAUCCUCGACUCCCUCGGCCUGCACAUCAGCCCCGUCCUCCUCUCCCUCGAGGAGGAGGUGGCGCGAACUACCAGCAUGCGCCUCCAGCUCGAAAAGGCCAAGCCCCGGGAGCUCUCGUACCCCCUCCCCGACCUCAGCGCUGCUGCUGGAGAGCUGCUCGAGUCCUUCCCGCCCCUCCUCAACGGGCUGGACCUGUCGGCCGCCUGCUUCGACCUCUCGCGCCCCUUCCUCUUCUCUUGCCUUCCUUCCCUCCCUGACGGCCUUCAGCUUGACCCCAGCAGCGGCUCCAUAGCCGGAACCUGCCUGACUCCCUCGCACGGGGUGUACAAGAUCGUGUGCACCUGCAAGCUGGGAACAGCCAGCGCGCAGCUGAGGGUCACGAUCAGCAGCCUCCCAGCUCUAUCAGAGGAGGAGGAGGAGGCGAGAGGGAGGGCUAGCUCCCUCGCUCACGCCUACAAGUUAGCGACCAGCCGUGUCCUCGUCUGCAGGAGGAGGCUCAGCGAAAUCCGCAAGCGAGGGCGCGUGCUUCCUCUAGGGAAGCUCCAAAGGCAGGCGGAAGAGGCAGAAGGCAUGACGGCCAUCACGGGCGACGUGGAGCAUGUGUUGUGGGCGAGGGAGGAGGCUUCUGCCACCAGGAAGAGGUUGAACCACUUUGAGAAGCUGCAACGGGAGAAGGAGGAAGCAGCGAAAGAGCUUGAGGAGGCACAGGCUCAAGCACGAGAGCUGGAGCUGAAGCUUCGAGAGGAAAACCAGAACCUCGCGAGGAGCGGAGGGAGGAGGAUGUAA